AUGGCUUUGAGUCUUUUGGUUGUUUCAAUAUCAUUCUACUUGAAGGAAUAUAUAUCACCAGAUUCUGAUUUAUAUGCGACAUUGAGCCUCGUAUCGGUGGCUGGAGUUGUGGUCAUGGUUAUUGCAUUCUCUCUGGGAUUAGGAGCAAUGCCAUGGAUUAUAAUGUCUGAGAUUCUUCCGAUUAACAUCAAAGGCCUAGCUGGAAGUUUUGCAACACUUGCCAAUUGGUUCUUUUCCUGGUUGGUUACAUUAACAGCAAAUUUGCUCUUGGAUUGGAGUUCGGGAGGAACCUUCACAAUAUAUACUGCAGUGUGUGUUUUCACAGCAGGAUUUGUUGCCAUUUGGGUCCCCGAGACAAAGGGAAAAACUCUUGAAGAAAUACAACAGUUUUUCAGAUGAAGUUUCCUUUCGAGUAGCACUUCAGCUAGUGUUCACUCAUGUAUUCACAUUCAUAUUUUUUUUUCUGAAUCAACUCAAUUCAUUUUUGUGCUCUUUGGUCUUGUUAAAUAUGAAAAAUACCAAAACAGUGUGAUUUUCUAAUCUAGCAGCAUACUUGCAUUUUUGUUGUAAUUGAUUGAUUAUAAACAAAUAAAUGAAA